CGCCUGCAGGGCACGAUUGGCAAUUGUUGUUGAUGGGUCGUAUCGUGGAUGUUCCUGGAUUUUCCUCUAGAAAGUUCCUGUGAAGCGAGGCUCUCUCCCGUUCGAUUUGUAGAAAGCCCUUGGUGAGAUGGCAGAUGUCCAUGAGGGCCUUGUGUCCUGUCUCACGGACAUCGAGGAAAGGCUUGGGGCAUCUGUCAAAGCAGCCACUGGGUCUCUGGAGGGCUUUGCUAAGCGCAAGAGCCGCAUCCUUGCCAUCCAGAAAGGCAGCCAGCGACAUCGCAUACCAGGAGCCCAGGUGAUUCUGAGAGAGGGCAGCCUGCGCGCUCUGUGGACUGAGAAGGCGAGGAAGGCAGAUGACGCCAAGAAAGCGGCCCCGGAGGGGGCGGUCAAGGCGGAGGCGCUCCGGUGGGAGAACAGGCGGCUGGGGGAAGCCAAGGAGAAGCUGGAGGGGCUGACUCGCGACCAGCAGCGCCGCAUCAUACAGCUGGAGGAGGCCCUGUCCGAGAUGAAGUCAAACCCGCCGCGGCGCUCCAACAGCCUCAGCCGUACCGAGAGCGGCACUUCUGACCCCGGGUCGCCCUCCCGAAAGGUGAGGAUGGCUUCAGCAGAUGCCCCUGUGCAAGGGGCGGUGGAGGCGGCCAGGGCCGAGGCGGCAGCGGCAGGUGAAGCGCGGAAGUCGGCCGUGGCCGAGCGGGACACUGCGCGCCAAAUGCUACAGGGAGUGAAGGCCAUGCUGGCCCAGUCAGAGGCCCUGCGCCAAUCUGCUGACAACUCGCAGCCACUCAAGGCUCGCCAGCUGCAGAGGGAUGUGGAUCGGCUGCAGGCGGCGCUGGCGCGGAGCCAGGCAGAGGCGGCUGCCGAUUUCCGGGAGCUCAAGGCCGCCAAGGCGGAGCGUGACCUGGCGCUGCAGACGCUGGCAGAGGUGAAGAGCGCCGUGGCCGCCUCCGAGGCUGCCAGGUCAAGGACCCUUAACGAGCUGCAGGACGCUAUCCAGCGAGAGAAGAGCACCCUGGAGACCAAGGCGGCUGAGCUGGAGGCGCGCUGCGCUGGGUAUGCUGGGGCGCUGCAGCGGGCGGAGCGCGAGGCCGUGGCCGACAAGGACUGCAUCGCUGCGCUGCGAGCCGCCGUCGCCCGGCUGCAUGCGCAGGCAAAGGCGACGAAGGCAGAGCGCGAGGCGGCGGAGAGGCGCCAAUUGGAUGUGGCCGAGGACCGGCGCCGCCGCACCCUGAAGGUUCUGCGAGAGGCGGAGCAGUCGCGCUCGCAGCUCCUGUGCGACAAGGCUGCCGCUGAGCAUGACCGUGCAUUGGCGCUCGCCGCAAAAGAGGCGGCUGAGAAGCAGGUUGCCUCGCUGAAGGCGCGCCUGGAUUUACCGGCCGGCUCAGAUGCCCAGGAAGGACCAGUGCACACAGAGGUCUCUAGUAGCAGUCCGGACCUCAGCGUGCACAGCGGGUCGCUUAAGGCUGUGACGCCAGGCGGGCAGGCGCAUCAAUCAUGCAUGGAGGCUGCCACACAGACGGACGGCGCCCAGGAUCUGCUCAGAGAAGACAACACUCCGCAGCAGCAAGACAGUCGGGCAUUGAGGGACAACAGCAGGGGAGCGCAAGAAGGCCUCCAAGUAGAAGCCGUGCAAUCAAAGGCAGUGCAAGCAGAAGCAGAAAGGCUCAAGGAGGAGCUGCGGCAUUCAGAGUAUCGCCUGCAGCAGCGGGAUCAGGAGCUCACAGAGCUCAGGGCGGAGCUCGUGCACCUGAAGGCGGCCGCGCCGGCACAGCCGCCGAGCCAAGGCCCCAGGGAUGUGGCCUUGGAAUCCCCGCCGGAGACCCGCCGCGGCGACGCGGCGCCCAAGGGGCCGACCACGCCGGAAACGGCGUUGUCCGAGGGACCCUCCAGGGGGACAGACCGCUCAACUCCCGACACCAUAGAUGCCGGGUCUGAACGGGGGCCAUCGCGCCGGCGCCGGCGGCCGCCGUCGCUCGAGCUGUGGUCGCCCGGCAGUGCGCACCCUCUCUCGGCGCCGUCGUCGGCCGACGCGCCGGCCCCGCGCGGCUCCGCGGAGUCGUCCGCCUCCUUCGCCAGUGCACGCAGUCUCAGUCCGUACGCCAUGUCGGUGUCCUCGUCCUUUGGGCGCUCAGGGUACCUCCUGAGCGACGGCGACGUGUUCGAGGACGCCCGCAGCCGUGCCGGCAGCAACGCCAGCUCCCUGGACAUCGACGCCUACUUUGACGCCGACAGCGAGAUCGACGCGCCUGUCUCAGUGAACGGCACGCCCACCCCUGACCGCAGCGGAGCCCUUGCGCAAAUGCAGGAAAAGCUGGCGGCGGCGGUCGCGCGCGCGGAGGAGCUGGAGCGGGAGCACGAGGGCGCGGCGCGGCUGGCCCAACUGCACGGCCGCGCUGUGGAGACGCAGGCGGCAGCUCUGCGCGCGGCGGAAGCUUCCCUUGCCCGCAAGCGCGCCGAUGUGCUGGCAGCCAACAAAGCGCGCGCCGCCGCCGAGGCCGCCCUCCGCCAGAGCAUCGCCAGCCGCCACGCCGACGACCUCAGGGUGCAGCAAAUUGCGGGCCAGUUGGAGAGGUCUCUGGCGGAGGCGCACGGCGAGAAGCAGCGCCUGGAGGAGGCCAAUGCGGAGCAGGCGGCCCUCAUCCCAGCCCUGCAACAAGCCUGCAAAGCCGCGGAAGGCCAGGUGUCGGAGCUGCAGGUGCAGCUGCAGCAGGUGUCGGUACAGGCGGACGAGACCAGCCGCUCGCUGCAUGCGGCCGCCGAUGCGGCGCGGUGCGCAGAGGCGGCCGCGCGUGAGGAAGUCAAGACGCUGGAGCUGUGCAACGAGCAGCUGCUGUCCGAGAAGGAGUGGACCUGGGACACCAUGCAGGCCAUGGAGGCGCGCGUGGACGAGCUGCUGCGGAGCCAGGCGCAGGCGGCAGCGGUGCCGGUCGACGCGGCGCAGCGGCUGUGCAUCGCCAACCUCGAGGCAGACCUCUCCGAAGCGCGCUCCGCCCUCGCGCAGGCGCGCACAGAGGCGGCGGCGCUACAGCAGGAGUGCAUGCAGCUGAGGCAGAUCGCACGCGGCCGGCCGGCCGUGCAGCAAAAGGGAUCGCCCCCGUCGCCAGACCCGGUCAACAAGUGGCUCGUCAAGAGCCUGAGCAAGGCUGGCAGCCCCCUUGCCAGCUGGCGACGCAGCAACGCGCAGCACCUGUGA